AAUAAACAUGCACAGUAGUAUGUGAAAAGCUUCGAGUCCCAGAAGGUGGAAUCUUCGUGUGCAGUUAGUCGCGGUUCGGACGCAGAGCAACAUGAGUUUACUUUUUAAGGAUUUUGUCAUUUCCAAUGUGGUCAGUAUUACUUAUAUCGGUGAAAAGUGGUACUACGUUAGGUAUCCAUAUGAGUACAGGUGCAUAAAUCGGAAGAUUCUGAAGUACCUCGAAGGUCACGGAUGUUUCGGUAAAAAAAAAUACAAAAUCGCGUUUAGUACCGAUGGAUCUUUUGUCAUUCUUUGAAAUAUUACCUCACAGAUAUUUUUUCAAUAACAUUUACUUGAAGCCUUCUUAUCGGUUCACUUUGUCAGCCUGCAUUGUGGUUUUAUUUGGCUCUGGUGCACGCUUGUCUAUUGCUUACAAGCACUUUUUUCAUUGACGUUAGUAUAGACUUUUUUUUUACUUAUGCCUCUCACUUUUAAUCUUACAUGUUGAAGUUCUUCUGUAUUUGUGACAAUAGACUGGUGCAUUCCUAUCUUUGAUUCUUCCUUACCUUGCACAUCUGUGCAUUAUGUCACCUGACUGGUGAGGUAUUUGCAGUUUUCCCUGCGUUUGGUUCACAGUGGCUGUUAUAUCAUUAACUUAUAAGCAAGCAUUUCAAGUAUAUUUAGUAACUAAAUAUCGUUGGUAAGAAAAUAUUUUUUGUGAUGAGGCGACGAUAAGGACAGACAACGCAAGGUCAACAAUAUUUGUAAAAAGAUGGCCAGUACAGUCGCAGCUAUGGCAUCCGGUCCGAACAGUCCUUCUAAGCGAAUGUCUUCCCGCGGCGGCGCCGCGACGCUCCGGGGCGUCGCUCUGUUCCUGGCGUCUGCCCGCAACAAACGGCGCGGAAAAUCUGCGCCGGCAGCAGACGCGAACGCGACGAGCCCAGGCGGCAAACGCCAGGAUAAUCAACAACGCAGGAAGAAGAAGAUGAAUGGGGAAGAGCAGUCCAAGUGCAAUCCUAAAGUGAUGGAGAAUGCAAGAAGGGAGACCGGAUUGGAAAGACGAGAGAUCGAAAUUCUGUACAAGAUUUACAAGAAACUAAUAACAUACAAAAAAGGUGCUGCAAAGGGCAAAGUAUCGGAAAAUGUGACUGCAUCCGCAGUGAUAGGAAAACCAACAACUGUUUCGGAGGGUAUAGACAGGACAGUAUUCAGAGAAGUUCUGCACAGUACAUUUGAUAUAGUGACUGAAAACAUGCUUAUGGAUCGAAUAUUUUACGUAUGGGAUAGGAACAAUUGUGGACUGAUAACUCUCGAAAAUUGGUUCAAAGGUAUAUCGUUGUUUUUGAGGGGAAAUGUACUGGAACAGGCAGAAUAUUGUUUCAAGGUUUAUGACUUGAACAACGAUGGUUAUAUCACGAAAGAUGAAAUGUUUCAACUACUAAGGAAUUGCUUGAUAAAACAUCCCCAAGAAGAAGAUUUGGACGAUAGCGUCAAAGAUCUAGUGGAUAUAGUAAUGAGAAAAAUGGAUAAGGACAAAGAUGGAAAAGUUUCAUUAGAAGACUACCAGAAAAAUGUCGAAGAUGAACCUCUACUUCUAGAAGCUUUUGGGAAAUGUUUGCCUACUGAUAAGUCUAAAGUUACGUUUUUAACAACACUUAAAGCUCAGUAGAUACAAUUAAUAGUCAAUUUAGGGGUUAUAGUGAAGACUGAUCUUUGUUUGUUGGUAUCGAUUAUUAGGAAAUCUUGAAAUCUUGGUGACGAAGAUGAGAUAUGAUGUUAUUCUAGAUCUGAAGCUGUAUUUUGUCGUUUAUUAAAAGGGUGUUAAUCUUGUUUUGUUCUUGUUUGCAAAUUGAUAUUAUUUUGAGAAAAAAUAAAUAAAGUUUUACGUAUAUUGCAUGCUAUUGACAAUUUUUCAAGAUUCUCAAUUUCUUCAAAAGUGUAUCACAAAUUAGCUAAAGGUAGCGAAAAUUUGAAUCAUCGGCUUUAUCAAAAAUUAAACGCAGAUGAUGGACUGAGUUUUCAAUAUUUUACGAUUACGAGGUAUUUAAAAAUAAAAUGUAAAAUUUCUGAAAAUUGUUUUUAUUGUGAUCUAAUAUGAAAUAAGAGAUACGAUGCUAGAAAAUAAACAUUCUACUUUAUUGACAAGCGCACUUAGUGAGCUAUCAAAUUAGUAAAUGUAAUACAUAUCGUCCAUUUAAGCAUGAAGUUUAUGAAGAAAUACAAUAUUGUGUCAGUCAUAUAAUACUGAAGAUGUGUCUUUGUCAUCAUGUCAUCCAAGGAAAAAAGAUCGGAGACUUUGCGGGGGCGUUGAUAUUCAUAAUACAAUGAAAUUAAAUUAAAUACUACUGCUAGUUGCUAAACAUAUAAUAAAUAGUAAUACCUUUUUUAAAUGAUACAAAGUACUAGUAUCUAAAUAGAGUUAGUAGGUAUUCAGACUUGAAUUCUGUAGUUAGUUAACA